UCAAUCAAACAUAUAAACAAUCCAAUUUCUCUAUUCUUUUUCCCUUGUUUAAUUUUCAAUCAUGGAUCCUAAACCUGAUAAAUUUUCUGCUACCAAUUUUCUAUUCUUGCAACACAAAAAUAUUGGGUUCUUUCAACUAUUUCAGGCCUAUUUUGGUACUAAGCCGUUACACACACAAAACUUUAUCCAAAGCCAUGAUGUUGUUGAAGAUGAAUACCAGUGUCUCGUAUUUUUAUCGAUAUUGUUACAAAAGUUGCUGCAUUUGGGUUACUAUCCAUUGAGAUUUCUCGGUGGAACCAUUGAGAUAUUUUUGAAUGUUACAUGCGGCAAUUGUAACAUAUUCGAGAUUAUAUGGAACUUUCUCCAAGGUAAGGAGCUGGUGGAUGCAAAUCGUGCAGAUUUUGUGUCAAUUAUUGGUCAUAUAGACAAGAGAGUGGACUUGGACAAAAACAUCAAACGUGAUGACCCUAAAUAUAAUGCUGCUUUGUCCAUGAUGGCUUCUAAAGUGUCUUAUGAGAAUGAAGCUUUUAUACGAGAAACUGUUGAAAAACACUGGAAGAUGGAAGUUGCGGCAAUUGGUAACUACUGGAAUGAUUAUGAAGGAGAACCUUCAACUCAAGCUUUCAUCCUCCUAGAUAAAAGUGACAACCAAGACACCUACAUUGUAACUUUCAGAGGAACCGAAUUAUUCGACGCUGAUCAAUGGUCUAGUGAUUUCGAUAUCUCAUGGUUGGAGUUUCCUUGUGUUGGAAAAACUCAUGCUGGUUUCAUGAAAGCACUAGGUUUACAAAAAAGCAACAUGGGAUGGCCUAAAGAAAUUACUCCAAACCAUAGCCAUGCACCUGAAGCCUACUACUUCAUUAGAGAUUUCUUGAAGAAAAAGUUGGCAGGAAAUGAUAAAGCAAAGUUUAUUGUGACUGGUCACAGUUUAGGUGGGGCUCUUGCCACUCUCUUUCCAGCAAUAUUGGUGUUCCAUGAUGAGACAUUUCUUUUGGAGAGACUUGAAGGUGUUUAUACAUUUGGACAACCAAGAGUUGGAGAUGGAGUAUUUGCUAAGUACAUGGAUAAGAAUUUAAAAGAAAAUGGUGUUCAGUUUUAUAGGAUGGUUUAUAGCUAUGAUAUUGUUCCUAGGUUGCCUCCUGAUCUCAAUGACAUCUUGUUUAGGCACUUUGGGACAUGUCUUUAUUUUGACAGAAGCUUUAAUGGCAAGAAAAUGUUGGAGGAGCCAAACAAGAACUACUUCUCUUUGUCAGCAAUAAUUCCAAUGACAACAAAUGCUUUUUGUGAGCUUAUGAGGAGCUUCACUAUGGUGUCUAAAUAUGGAUCUGAGUAUGAAGAAGGAUGGGUUUUAAGAGUUUUUCGACUUAUAGGCUUAGUGAUUCCUGGAGUAUCUAAUCACAUUCCCCAAGAUUAUGUUAAUUCUACUCGGUUGGGAUCAAUACUCUCGAAGGUGGAUUGAUACAUAUAUUUUGUUGGUUGAGCUAAGAAAAGACUUGUGCUGCAUAUGCACGAUAGCAUGAAGUUAGUUAUUGAAUUAAUGUAACAAUAUUAAGUCUAAAAUAUUUUUAAGUUUGUAAUAAAAUAUGGAUUCAUUUCA